GUCCCCGGCGCCUCAGCCCUGGAGCCGGGAAACUUUUCCUGAGGCGCCCGGCAGGGGGCUAAGGGCCAGAUCAGAUCAUGUUAUGGAUCCAACCAAAUCGGAAGGAUACGUGAGCCGGUGAGAAAGAACAUGGACUUCUGAGAACACUAACUUCCUAGAUCCUUAAAAUAGAAGAGCCUGGGAUUAUGGUGAUCAGUUACCAAUGGCUACAAAGAUGGAAAAGCAAUGGACCCCUCUACCUGUACCUGUAUAAAUAAAGUUUUAGAAGGCAGAGAGAACUUAAACUGAACCAAAUAAUUAUUUCAGCCAUGGGAGAAAAUGAAAGUUUUUGGGAGAGCUUGAUAUAUGCACAUCCUACCUGUGUAGCCUGGAAGCGAGAGCCAGAAGGAUCUAUCUACCAUCUAGCUAGUAUUCUAUUUGUUGUUGGCUUCAUGGGAGGAAGUGGAUUCUUUGGGCUAAUGUACGUCUUCAGUUUGCUUGGAUUGGGCUUUCUCUGCUCUUCUGUAUGGGCUUGGCUGGAUAUAUGUGCUGCUGAUAUAUUCUCCUGGAAUUUUGUCCUCUUUGUGAUAUGCUUCAUACAAUUUAUUUAUGUUACUUACCAAGUUCGGAGUGUUUCCUUUGAAAAAGAAUUCCAGGAACUCUACAGUUCUCUUUUUCAGCCUCUGGGAAUCUCCUUGACUGUUUUUAGGAAGAUUGUCUUGUGUUGUGAUGCAGAAGUGGUUACUUUGGAGAAGGAGCAUUGUUAUGCUAUGCAAGGCAAAACACCUAUUGAUAAACUCUCUAUGCUUGUGUCUGGAAGGAUCAGAGUGACCGUUGAUGGAGAGUUUCUGCAUUAUAUUUUCCCUCUUCAAUUUCUGGAUUCUCCUGAAUGGGAUUCCCUAAGACCCACAGAAGAGGGUAUUUUCCAGGUAACUCUUACAGCAGAGACGGACUGUCGAUAUGUGGCUUGGAGGAGAAAGAAACUGUAUUUGCUGUUUGCUAAACACCGUUUCAUUUCACGUCUGUUUUCAAUUUUAAUUGGGAGUGACAUUGCUGAUAAACUAUAUGCCUUGAAUGACAGAGUGCAUGUAGGAAAAGGACUUCGAUACGACAUCCGGUUACCAAACUUCUACCAAGUGGCAGUACCAGGGACACCCAAAGUGCAACCUGCAGAACAACUUGUGAGCAAUUCAAGACAAAAGUUCACUAACAUUGCAAACUGUGACUCUUCUAAAAAAUAACAAACGAAAAGAUAUGCUAAAUUAAAUAGGGAAAUACAAGUUAAUAACAGGAAAAUCAAGCUGAACAAUACCUAGUAAAGCCAAACUUGAUUGAAAGUGCCAUUUACUUUAGCUAAAAUAGCUUGCAUCCCUUUUCUCCCUGCAGAGCCAGCUGGUUGGCUUGUACAUCUUGACUAAUUAUGCAUUAUGAUUAAUUUCUUUUGUUGGUCUUACUACUUUUAGGGGGGGGGAAUGAAUCAUGAUGGGAUGAAGCUUUAUUGUAAUUGUGGUGCCUUCUGUGGGUUUUUUUUUUUAAAUGAUAUUUGCAUAGCGCUCUUGAUCAUAUUUAUUCCAACUUGCUUGUCAUAAUGAAUUAUGGAAUCUAUUUCAUCAUAGUGAAAAGCAAGUUCUUAUCUUAUUUUGAGUUGCUUGUUACAUUCAUAAUUACAAUAUGUGAACCUGAUCUUUUUUUUUAACCAUCAGAAGCUGAG